GUUAUAUAAACUCAAAAUAACAAGAACUCGCGUAUUUUCUCUUCUAAAUCCCACUUGUUCGCUCUCCUUAUAAAUAUUCGUAAAGUGUCGGCUUUUCAAGUUCUCUGUUUUGUUUCGCAAUCUCUCUCUCACUCCUUUCUCUGGCACCCUUCUCUCUCUCUCUCUAAUCGUUUCUUUUGAUGGCGUCUCAGGCUAGCCUUCUCCUUCAAAAACAGCUCAAAGAUCUUUGCAAGAACCCUGUUGAUGGGUUCUCCGCGGGUUUGGUCGAUGAAAGCAACAUCUUUGAAUGGAGUGUAACCGUAAUUGGACCUCCCGAUACUCUCUAUGAGGGGGGAUUUUUCAAUGCCAUCAUGAGCUUUCCAUCCAAUUACCCAAACAGCCCACCAACAGUGAAAUUCACUUCCGAGAUAUGGCACCCAAAUGUAUAUCCUGAUGGUCGAGUUUGCAUAUCAAUUCUUCACCCUCCCGGUGACGAUCCAAAUGGUUAUGAGCUUGCAAGUGAGCGCUGGAAUCCUGUUCAUACGGUAGAGAGUAUAGUGCUGAGUAUUAUAUCAAUGCUUUCGAGCCCCAAUGAUGAAUCUCCAGCAAACGUUGAAGCUGCCAAGGAAUGGAGAGAGAGGAGAGAUGAUUUCAAGAAGAAGGUUAGUCGAUGCGUAAGGAAGUCACAAGAAAUGUUGUGAUUGGUGGUGGCCUAAACCAUGCCUCUUGCCUGCUUUUGUGAACCAUGAAGGACAUAUAACUUAAAAUGUGUAAUGAAUUGGCUUGGAAGUUAUCAACAUCCUUGUUUCUUCAGCUCCAUGUCGUUCUUCACUACAUGGCCCUUUGUUAGUCCUGACUUGGAAAACAAACUGUAUUCUAAGUGUCUUGGCCGGUGUUUUGACUAGUUGAUUGAAAUUAUACUUUGUUCAAGUCAUAACCUUUUUAUUUUUUGGAUUAAAAUUGAAGUUUAGGUGCCAAGUUUGGUCGUAUACUCUUUUGAAUGUUACUAUUAUGAUUGCGAUUUCUAA